AUGGAGAAGCCUAUUGUCCUUCAAAUGGGGGAUGACAUCCGCUGGAACCUUCAACAGUAUGACGACUUCAAGCUGAAAUUUGAGAUCCGACGGUCAUUCAGUAUGCCACGGCCGGAGUUCAUACAAGCGCUGAAGAACAAGACCUUUGGGGAGUUUUUCGCCAUCUACCGCCCCUACUGGAACACGGGAGGCGAGGUGGGCAAUUGGGAUGACGAGCUUAUAUCGCUAUUGCCAGAUUCAUGCAAGAUCAUCGCUAGUGCGGGAGCUGGAUUCGACUGGGUAGACACUGAGUGCCUGGCGAGAAAAGGUGUUACGUACUGCAAUUCUGCUGCUGCAUGUACAGAAUCCGUAGCCGACGCAGGGCUCUGGCUCAUCAUCUCGACGUUUCGGCUAUUUUCGUGGUCUGCUUUGGCUGCCCGCUCAGGAGUCCCAGAACAAUUUUCGGACGUCCACAACAACUUGGCAGCGGUCACGCGGAACCCGAAUGGGUUCACUCUUGGUAUCAUCGGGUAUGGGCGGAUUGGGCGGAGAAUCGCCGAGAAGGCGCAUGCCGCCUUAAACAUGAAGAUUCUCUAUCACGACAUUGUCGAGAUUCCGUCCCCCGUACCCGCAGCCUACCACAAAAACAUGGACACCCUGCUCGCUGAAGCUGACUGCGUGCUGCUCGCCGCGCCCUAUUCACAAAAGACUCUGAUUGAUGAAGCCACUCUGUCCAAGAUGAAGAAGGGCGCGAGACUUGUCAAUAUCGCCAGAGGCAGACUGAUCGAUGAGAAUGCUCUCGUUUCGGCUCUCAAGAGUGGCCAGAUCUACUCAGCUGGACUGGAUGUGCACUUCGACGAGCCGAACGUAAACAAGGAGCUGAUCAAUAUGAGGAAUGUCGAGCUUCUGUCUCACAAUGCCGGCGCCUCGCUGGACUCACAUAUCGGGUUUGCGAGGCUCGGUAUGGAGAAUAUCGUGUCUUUCAGCGAGACAGGCAAAGCGGUCUCGCCUGUGAACGCGCAUCUCAUUGAACAAAGCCGGCUUUAA